AUGGCAUCAAACAAAGCUGCAUGGCUACACAAAGCCGGCACUUCCCUGGAGGUCGGUGAUGCGCCUAUGCCAAUUCCAGGCCCGAAUGAGAUCGUUGUUCAAAACUCUGCCAUUGCCAUCAAUCCGCUAGAUACCCAUAUGCAGGAUGCUGGAGUUUUCGUUCAGCAAUGGCCUGCUAUCUUUGGCUGUGACGUGGCUGGCACAGUGUACGAGGUCGGGUCGGAAGUAGAGCGUUUCAAGAAGGGUGAUCGUGUCAUUGGGCAUGCAAUCAAUCUAGUAACUGGAAAGCCUCGAGACGGAGCGUUUGCUCUGUACACAGCUGUGCCAGAGGACAAGGCUGCUAUCCUUCCCGAUGCCAUUUCUUUCAAAGACGGGGUAGUAGUGGCUUUUGCUAUCGAAGCCGCCGUCUGCGCGCUCUCAGUCAAGCAGCCCGGUGUCGCAAUGCCUGGUGUAUCUACCCCUGCUCUCGGCCUACCGUACCCAUCUCUGGAUUCCGUGUCUUCGAACAAGGUCCUUAUCGUAUACGGUGGUUCCUCCUCAGUCGGUUCGAUGACAACCCAAUUAGCAACCGCGGCAGGCAUAAAAGUGAUCUCAAUCGCAAGUGAGCGCAACUUUGAUCUCUGCAAGAGCUGCGGCGCGACUGAAGUGUUUGAUUACCAUGAGCCUUCAUUCGUCGAAAACGUAAUCGCAGCAGCUUCAGAAACUAGAAGAGAACUCGUGGGUAUCUUUGAUGCUAUUUCUACGCCAGAAACGUACGCAAACGAUUUUGUCAUACUCGAAAAAUUGGGCGGAGUCCAUCUGGCCUGUGUCCAUCCUCCGCCAGCAGAUGUUCCAGCAAACCUCAAAGCAGGUAUGAUCUUUGCGGUGGAUAAUGUUGCUACUCCGGUUUGGAGAGACUAUGUCACCCCGGCCUUGCAGGCGGGAAAACUCAAAUGCCUUCCACCCCCUACCGUUGUUGGUAAGGGCUUGGAGUAUAUUGACGAGGCUCUCAAGAAGUGUAAAGCGGGUGUUAGCGCGACGAAGUUGGUGGUUGAGCUUUAA